CCGUAUGAUUCUCUCUGAAAAAGACUAGCCAGCAGAUUGGCCAUCUUGAUAGGAGGGCCUCAGUUUGGCCUAGUUUGUCAGUCACACCCGAACCAUCAUGGCCCGAUUUCUCCACCGCUUUUCACCAGGAACUUUCACAGUGAAUUUCUUGUUGUCUUCAACUUCAUGCUUCCACAGGAAUUGGGAUGCUUGUCAAUGGAAUUUUCAUUUGUCCAAGAGUGUUAAGGACAGCAGGGCCACUGCUUGGUGCUCGUUUCGCACUGUUGAUCCUCAGUCCUCUUCAUCUUGUCUUCCCUGCCUUGGCAAAGUUCUUUGGCCAGACGAAGUCCAGCUUACUUCUGCAUUACAUCCUCACGUUAACAGUGUUGAUAAGAAACUCCACUUCGUCGUCGAUAUUCACGUGUGCCAACCUGAUGCUCAACAACAGUGUGGAAUCGUGCAAUAGAGGGAAGGUCAAUGGAUUCGCGAUGUCAGUGAGCUCACUGGGUCGCGCAAUGGCACCUGUGGCGGGAGGUUUUCUCUUCUCUUGGUCGCAAAGUCCUGUUGCAAGAUUCCUUCCUCUAGGUGAGACGCAGAGCUUUGCCACGUCAGCAGUGCGACGACAGCAUCAGUACCAACGUCAGCAGUGCCCCGCCACCAUGACGGUUCCAGCUUUGGGCAUGCCAGGCCAAAUGGCCAACGAGUCCAUUGCCGAGUACCGACAGUGGUUCCAAGCUCAGCUCGCACUAAUCGAGGCUGAGGAACAGCGCCAGGCGGCAGCCGAGGCUGCCCGCCUACAGGCUGAAAAGCAUCGGCUUCAGGCCGAAGCUGAUGCAGAUGCCCAGGCCAGCCGCAAGGAGGCCCAGGAUCUGCUGCAGCGGCACGAAGCCGCCAGCGUCGACAAGCUCAAGUUCUGGCAUUUUGAGCCAUCCGAGGGCCACGACGAUGCAACACCGGAAGAGCAGCACAAGGAGUUCCUCUCCAACCUCGUGACCCGGUUGGUUUACACUUGUAGCCACCUGCAGUCCGAGUUAGAGAAGCAGCACGAGGAACUGACGAAUCUCCAAAGGCAGUACAAAACCACAAGGAUCUACACGAGGAUGCCACACGGGCACUCAAUUCCGAUGUUCAGGACUUGGAGCAAGCGGCACCAGGAUCAGAUGUUGGCGAACCCAACAGUGCAGCCUCAACCUGCCAAUUGGAGGAAUGAGUUGACCAUGUAACUUCAAGAACUCGACCCGUUGACGUUUGCGGAUUUCCAAUGGAUGCCCCUUCCCCCAACCAGGCAAUUCCUGAAACCGCAUUGCAACCUGCUCAUGGCACAAUUGCGGGAUUACUUGCACACUACAGUACAAGCUCCGUUGAUGGACGCCGGAGUAGAGGUUGUUGACCUCCACGACUACGUUGUGAAGAUCGACCGCGAGUUCAAGACACAACAGUACGACCACAUCGACGCGUCAUUGUUGUACAUACGCAUUCAGAUCGGAGAGGUGACCUGCAACACUUUGAUCGAUUGCGGAGCUACUCGCAACUAUAUCAGCCAAGACUUUAUGGUACGCGUUGGCCUGGGGUCACACAUUCGGAGGAAGUCGCAGCCCACGCAAGUCACGUUGGCCGACCGUUACACACAUAAGUCAAUCGACUGGUGCAUUGAUUCCAUCCUCGUGUACUUCGCCCCGCAUGCAAGCGAGGCCGUGUCCUUCAACAUUUCAAACACCCAAUUCGACAUGAUUUUGGGCAUGUCAUGGCUGCGAAGCGAGGAUCACCUGAUGAACUUCUACCGCCACACCGUUCACGUUCUUUAUCGGAACAGAGUACUAGUCCCAUGCACGGUGCCUCCACCUCACCCUUUGAUCAACUGUCACGUGGUGUCUGUCACGAGCAUUCGAGCUUCCAUCACCCGAGACGGCAUCGAGGAGAUGGGUGUUAGUUUUCUCCACGCCCUCCUGCCCCAUGACAUCUCAUUGACGGACGCAUCAACGGAUCCACACAUCACCGAGCUUCUUGACGCCUACAGCGACCUGUUCGAAGCCCCACACGGAGUAGUACCGGAUCGACCCAUCCGCCACGAGAUCAUCCUCGAGGCCAGGGCCGUACCUCCGUGUGGUUGCAUCUACCGCAUGAGCGAGGAAGAGUUAAGUGUGCUACGGGCACAACUCGACGACCUUCUUGAGAAAGGCUGGAUUCAGCCUAGCUCUUCGCCAUACGGUUCUCCCGUUCUCUUCGUCCGGAAGAAGAACAAGGAUUUCCGCUUGUGCAUCGAUUAUCACACGCUCCACACGCAAACCGUCAAGAAAGUCGGCCCUUUUCCGCGCAUCAACAACCUUCUCGAACGGUUGGGCGCCGCCAAGUUCUUCUCCAAGCUUGACCUCAAAUUGGGACAUCACCAACUCGAGAUCCGGCAGGAGGACCGCUACAACACCGCAUUUAAGACACGGUAUGGGCAUUUCGAAUGGCUGGUUAUGCCUUUUGGCCUUACGAAUGCCCCGACCACGUUCCAGGCGGCUAUUACAACGAAGUUCCAACACAUGCUGGAUAGAUUUGUACUCAUCUACCUCGACGAUAUCUUGAUGUACAACCGAAGUUUGGACGAGCAUGCGGAGCACCUGCGCACCGUUUUGGAACAUCUACGACAAUCCAAGUACAAAGCCAACGACGAUAAAUGCGAAUUCACGCGGCAAGAGCUCGAGUACUUGGGCCAUUUUGUGACGCCGCAAGGGAUUCGGCCGCUCGCGGACAAGAUCGAGGCCAUCUGCGUAUGGCCCGAGCCCACCAACACCACGGACGUUUGCUCAUUCAUGGGAUUUGCGGGCUACUAUCAACGCUUCAUCAUCGAGUACUCAAGGAUUGCAGCCCCUUUGACGAUAUUACAAUGGCCAGAGGUGCUAUUACUAUUCGAUGACGACGCGCGCCGGUCAUUCCAAGCACUCAAGAUGACCAUGCUCAUGGCACCCGUCCUUAACAUCUACGACCCCACCUUGCCAACGGGAGAGUGACAACUGACGCUUCCGGCUAUGGCAUUGGGGCAGUCUUGGAACAACAUGACGGUGAUGACUGACACCCCGUGGAGUAUUUCAGCCACAAAGUG